AUGACUAACUCAAAGAUCGCUGUGAACGUCAAUCUCCUGCCAGAAGGCUUAGCCGACGGCCGUGUUGUGGAGCAAGGGCACAACCAGCGGGAACUAAAGUGUCUGCGCAGUUCAGUAUGUUUAAAAGAAGUACUUACCCCAGGGCAUCCACAAGUCGUUGAAGCAGUGACCAGGGCUUUACGAUUUGCCAAAGCUCAACCAAAUUAUCUUAAUCCUAAACGCUAUGUGGAUACACUGGUGGAAGAGUUGGCAAGACUAAAUCAUAAAAAUCGCAAUGUCAUAUCGUCUAAACGGAAACCACUUAGCUGGGUGAUUGAGGGUCUACCCCCACUGGAAGAGGUAUGGCAAGAAUUAAAAAAACGCUCCCGAUCAGUUGCUAAAGAAAUUAGCUACGUGCGUCAAGCCUUCGAGACUGUCCACAAGCUUGAAAGCGCAAUGCAAAGACGCGAGCUCAAUAAAAAAGUCAAGGAAGAAGAGGAGGAGGCCAUGAUGGAAGGCGAGGCUGGUGGAGGUGAUGAUGAGACGGCAAAAAAAUCCCUAAAACGUGAAGAAUCAGCUAAUCCCUACGCAAAGAAGCUGGAUCCUCGCCUGGUAAAAGCUCGAGAGGUAGCUGAUGAAGCAGCUUCCAGGGUUAUUCCAUUGGAUCCUAUGCCCUCUUAUGUGUUCAAGCUGAGGGAUGACCUCCCGGAUUAUGCACUUAUGAUCCAUCGUCUCUACGCUGUCGGAUUUGGCCCUCUAGAAGAGCUGCCAACUAUGUCCAAGGCUGAAGGCAUGGACGAGAGUGCCAUAGAACCCAUGGUAACUACGGAGACCUCAGAAAGGGAACUUAGUAAGGAUAAGAGCGGUUUGUUUCAUGACGAUGACGAUGCAAUGACAGAGCCUCCGGAGGAUCCGCCAACUUCAGGACAGACUUUCUACCCCAUGCCUCAACCCGGUCCAGAAGUGGACUGUGUGCGAGAUCAGUUGAUUCAGUUCGACAAAGCUUGGGCGGCAUCAAAACAGGGCCUUUCACAAUCGACUACAGCUUACGGAUUUCCCGUACAUGUCCAGGAUUUGAGUAUUCAUAAGGACAAGACGUUAGACAAUCUUCUGGAGGAAGUAAACAACGAAUUCGAAAAGUCCUCCCAGGAGAUGCUGGAUGAGGAGAUCGAAGCGGAAACCGAAGGAUUUGAGGAAACUGGUGGUCUGGAGGGCAACUUAGCCCUAGAAGAAGCUGAUGAGGCAGAAAUGGAGGAAGAAGAAGAAGAAGAAGAAGAAGAAGAAGAGGAAGAAGAAGAAGAAGAAGAGGGGGAGGGAGAAGAGGAAAGGGAAGGAGCUACGGAAGAAAGCGAAGAAGAAAAAGAGGAAAAGGAAGCCGAGGAAGAUCUGAGUAGGGGCCCGAAUAGAAAACUUGGCCAGACGAGCUACUUUUGCCCGGUUGCCUACCACGAUUAUCAUGUCUUAAAACCCGGUGAUUCCGAGCUUGUGGCCACCUACAAAGGUCUCUCUUACUACCUCGGUAGUGAGAAGGAUAUGGCCAAAUUUAUGGCCAAUCCUGAAAAAUAUGUGAGUCGUGGUUAUCAGCCUCCCUUGAAGCCACCUCCAUUAAGAAUUGCAUUACUGGGUCCACCAGGAACGGGAAAAACACUUCAUGGAAGGCAAAUUGCAAGUCAAUUGGAUCUUAUUCAUGUGAGCUUUGACCAAAUGCUUCAGGACGUGAUGAUGCAAAAACUGAAACACAGAAUCGGUCCUGAAUACGAAGAUGAUAAGGAGAUACCAGUGAAGUUAGAAAAUCCCAAAGCAGCUGUUCAGGUAACAGAAGAGGAAGCAGCCACAGCUCCUCCAACUUCAGCCGAAGUUACGGAUGAAGGUGAAGCUUCCUCUCCAAAAGACAACCUCACUCCUCACGAACUAGCAGUACGCAAGUUCCUGGAAAAUGAUGAGGCUCUUCCAGAGACCUCUUUAAACCUUCUCCUGCCAAGACUGUGGCAGGAAGAACCCUACCGCUCCAAGGGCUUCAUUCUAGAGUCAUUUCCACGUUCUGCUGGUGACGUGACCUACAUGUUGGAGGCGAAUUUGCUUGUUGACUUCGCGAUAGUGUUGAAUGCGGAGGUGGAGGAUCUAGUACCUCGUCUUCUGCCUGCACUACUUGCAAAGUGGAAAGUGAAGAUGGCAAAAGUUGAGGCCAAUCGCAAGAUCGUGGCGGACUGGAAGGCACAAAAACGGAAACGUAUAAGGGAGGAGAGACGGAAGAUGAUUAUCAAUAGUCUCAAUGAGAAGCGGAUAGCCAGAUAUGUAAGUUUAUUUGGUACUUCAGUGUAA